GCCUAACAUGUGGCCUACUUGGUAACAAGAGGUUACUGUAACGUUUUUGGUAGAACAGUUAGUCCACGCAUACGAAGAUGUCGUCUGUCAUCAGUGAAGAAAAUGAUUUACUAGAAGAUGGACAGACGGAAGAAGAAGACAUAUCAGCUCCACCUAGUGUUCUGUAUAAGGAGGGUGUCUCUGGUGACGGAAAUAACUCUCUAUGCAAUGGGAUGUCAAUAUCAACGAAAAGCUUGGACGAUAUUCUCACAUUCAUACAGUUUGGCCGUUUUCAAAUUAAGAUGAUGAUUUUAACAUGCCAUGGGUAUUUCGCAGUGUGUUCUGAAAUGAUGCUUAUCAUAUUUUUGACAGCACCUCUGAAAAAAGAAUGGAAUGUAGCAAAUAUGACUUAUCCGUCCUUACUUGUUUUUGGUGCUGUCGGAGGAAUCUUAGGUGGAGUAAUUCUUGGCAUUGUUAGCGACAAAUACGGAAGACGAACACCUUUUCUGAUUAGUACCAUUGUAUUAGCAGUGUUUUCAAUGCUAGCCCCCUUUGUGAACAGCUUUCCCCUUUUUAUAUGUGUGAGAACGUUGAUUUCCAUUGGAGAAGGAGGACUUGGAGCGCUCGUUCACGUUCAGUUACUGGAAUUCCUUCCAGUAAAAAACCGUGGCAGUUGCUUAGUAACUAUCACCCUGUGUGGCACAUUGGGAGCUGUAUAUGCUGCCGCAAUGGCCUGGUGGCUUCUCCCUCGGUACGGAUGGCGGCUAUUUAUGGGAGCAUGCGCGAUUCCAGCAGUGGUACAAAUUCCCCUCAGUUUCUGGUUGAUAAAGGAGUCCCCUCGCUUCCUGUUUGUGAGUGGAAGGAAAGAAGCUGGGGUUGAAGUAUUGAAAGAAAUGGCUAAACAGAACAACAUACAACUGCUACAAGUUGACAUUGACUGUCCAACCAGUGCAAACCGUGGCCGUAUGAACGACCUCUUGACCCCUACACUACGGGGUCGUACCCUGGUAAUCUCGGCUAUCUGGCUGCUUCAGUGCAUUGGAUAUUGGGGCGUCACCUUAUUCCUACCACAGUACAUGGAUUCAGUGGGAAUGGAUCCUUACUUAAACACCUUUAGUAUUUUCAUUGGCCAGAUCCCUGGCAUGUUCCUAGCCAUUAUUACCAUAGAACCACACAUGCUGGGCCGAAUACGCUGUCUACGGUUCUUCUCCUUUUUCACAUGUUUAUCUCUCGUGCUGUUUGCUUUUAUUGAUGAUGUUGCAGCUAAAACUGUUAUUGUAAUAGUGUGCUAUUUUUUCAUGGUUCCCAUGUAUUCUAUUCUCAACACUCUCACACCAGAAAUGUACCCCACUAAUAUUAGAACGACAGCCUUGGCUUUUGUCUCAAUGCUGAUUGGCCUACCUAGUCUAUUUACGCCUUUCCUAAGUGCGGGCGUACUCUCCACUGGUGUGUUGUGGCUGUAUCCAGUAGUAUGGGGAGCAUGCUUCCUUGUCCAGACAUUUCUCACUUUCCUCCUCCAUCAGGAAACAGCAGGAAAAAAAUUAGAUGAUCAGAAAAGUGCUUGAUGAAAUCAUGAUCAGAAAAGUGCUUGAUGAAAUCAUGAUCAGAAAAGUGCUUGAUGAAAUCAAGUGCACAUACGUAAAUUAAGAAAUAGACAAUAUUUAAUGGUUUCCUAUUGAAUAGCAUAAAUUAUACAUGUAUUAUAUUUCAUGAGUGUGAAGAAAUAUCGGAAUAUUCUGUUCUACAAGUACCAAUGAUGUAACCCAUGACAACACGGCAGGGCCAUUUUGAAUAUAUUCUAUAACACAACACAAUUUCACAAAUAUGUUAUUGAAAAUUGCAAUGUAUCAAUGUAAUCAACAAAGAUGGGACCAAAAGAAAAAAAUCAACGGAUUUCAAUGCAGUGAAUAGAGAGCACUGUUCCAAUUGACCAAUACUAAAAUUUAUAUAAUUACACGUUGAUGUUUAUAUAUAAUUAUCAAAUGGAUAAUUUAUGGUAAAAAUGUAGUCAGAGUGGGACCAUGG